CAUCAUCAUCAUCAUCAUCACCACCACCACCACCACCACCACCAUAAUAACACACACGCCCCUCGGGGGUCUCCACGACCCACGCCCCGAGAACAGGCGGGCGCACAAGGGUUAAGAGGGAACAGGCUCCUCAACGGCAACGCUUUCUGAACGUUGUAAUAAAAUACACGGCCACGGGGGGGCGUUUUAAAAACGCACUACCCCGUUGCACAUGGCCCAAGGGGCGUGUCCCCCGCGAACCACGCCUCUCCUUCCUGGCAGGGAUCCGCCUAGCGGAAAUUACUGCAUUUUCGCGCAUGCUCUAUGGUGCGCGGCCAGCAGAGGCCGCCUUUUCGUCCGAACGGGGCAUCCGCCUAGUCGAAAUACAAGCAACGAAUGUAACGUCUUACCAUGUGUAUUUACUAUGAUUGCUGCUUUAUACAUUGUAUGUCAGUUGAUUUAAUUACACAAUUGUGGCACAAUAAACGUGAAUCAGAAAAACGUGUAACGUCUAUGUAAUAUGUUGGCCAUCGCUUCAAAGCUAACGCUUCAACCGGUAAAAAGACGUACAGUCUUGUAUAUAUGUGAUUGGAACCAGUGCAGGUUCUUUGGUUUCGCUGUUUCAGAACACACAUUAACUAUAAAGCAGAGAAAGGAGACGGCUCGUAACAGAGAGAAAGGAGACGGCUUUUUCAUAGGACGUAUCAUCCGAUCGCAGUCUCUGGUUUCACCAUGAACGCGUUUGACCACAGCAAGACAGAUGCUCUCUUCCGGUUCUCCCACAUAUCUCACUCCACCCAGGAGCACUUGAAGAAAGUGUACUCAAGCUUGGCAAUUUGUAUGUGUCUGGCUGCUGUCGGCUCCUACGUCUACAUCUAUCUGGUCGCAUGCCUGGUUACAGUGAGUGCGGCGUCCCCCCUCGCAGUCCUGGGGUUGUUGAUCUGUCUUUCGGUGGCUACCCUCACCUCACUGGGGUUGUUUAUCUGGUUUGCCGUGACCCCCCAUAACCCUGAGACAGAAAGGAAGAGACUUGCUUUCCUUGAAGGAUUUGCUUUGCUCACAGGUUUUAGCCUUGGACCCAUACUGGACGAUGUCAUCGCUGUCGAUCUGAAUGUCAUCGCGACCGCCUUCGCGGGAACCUCGGUGAUUUUCAUCUGCUUCACUCUCAGCGCCUUGUACGACACACACAGGGGCCACCUGUUCCUCCGAGGCACACUCAUGUCCGGCUGUUCUAUUCUGUUCCUGGUGUCUCUGACAAACGUGUUCUUCGGAUCUACGCUUCUGUUUGAGGCGAACACCUACCUGGGACUGCUCGUCAUGUGCGGCUUUGUCCUGUUUGACACUCAGCUCAUUAUCGAGAAAGCAGAGAACGGGGACGAGGACUACAUCUGGCACUGUGUGACCUUGUUUGAUGAUUUCAUCAGCAUUUUUAGGAGACUGAUGAUCAUCCUUUACACGAAGGAGAAGGCCAAGAAGACGAAGACGGUCUCUGAACGUAUUCUGUGCAAGAUAAUACCGACCGAUGUGUGAAAUGAGUGCACGUGUGCUGUUACAUUGCCUGAAAGAACACAAAUGCUGUAUGCUUUUGUUCAUGAUUGUUUUAUUGUCGCCAAUAAACAAAGACUAC